UUAGACUGGAUCAACAGCUGAGAGCGGCACGCUUACACUAUGAGUGGAAGAAUUAGCGAAGUCUCUUAAAAUUCUCGAUAAAUGUUUGCAAAACUCAAGCAGAAAAUCGCCGAAGAGGAAUCAACCUCAGACUCCAGCCGCUCUUUGCCUUCUAGUCCGAGUGUUCGACGAGCUAAAGUCAAUGGAUGGACGGAGAACAAAUGGGAAAGGCGAAGACUCAGCAAUGCGAGUAGCUUGUACGAAUCAAGGGAAUCACUACUCAGCGAAAGCAGUACUGUUUCAUCAGGGCUUAAUGUAUCAAGACAUGCAUCUUUCACGAGCAGAUCAGCCGCGACUCCAGUUGGGACGCCCAUCGAACCUCCGGGUUUUUCGGUCAACUCUCGGUCAUCAAAGGAAGAAAUUCUUCAUUUGUUGGCGAAGAAAGGGGAUCAAGUCAGUAAACUGGAAGCAAAGAUUGCAGAUAUGGCAAGUCUACUGAGAGAGCAAACCCGAGUUAAGGAAUCCCUUGAAGGUGCUCUUGAAAAGCAGAAGGAAGAGCACUCUAUGAGAUUAAGAAGUAUGAAUAUGGAGUUUGAAGAGAAAUCCAGGAAGAUGAAAAACGAAUUUGAAAAGACUCUAGAUGAAAAAAAUCAGGAACUUGAAAGUAAACUAAAGGAAUUAACUUUGGAAAGCACUCGCUAUGCAGACUUGAAUGAACUAAACCAACUCCAACAGCAAGAACUCACCAAGAUGAAGUCCUUGUUUAUUCAGUACCAAACCGACGCCACUCGCAAAGCUGCAGAAAUAUUUGAAAAAAGCAAGCAAAUAGAGGACUUGGACAAAUCUUACCUUGAACAGAAAGGAGAACUGGCUUCUCUUCAGGAGCGUUUAGAUGACUUGGCUCGAGAAAGGACAAAGUUCGAGUCCCGUGACAAACAACAGCAGGCACGAGUAACAAGUCUCGAAAGAGAGAAGACCUCUCUUUGCGACGAACUUAAAAACACUGUGAAUGAAUUAACACAGAAAUCAGUGCAGCUCGAUAGAGUCGAAAAGUCCCUUCGUCUUAAAGAUGAGGAAUUGGCUAACCUGAGGCAGACGCACGCUUUGUACAAAAACAAGGUCUCGAUGGAACUGGAGCAAAACGAAGGAGAAAUCGCUCAGUUGAAAGAAAGAGUAGGCGAUUUACAACAAAGAGUUGACGAUAGCAAGCUUUCGGGUAACGAUCAGGUUCAAGCUAUUGAAAAAGAGAGAGAGCAGCUUGAGAAUCGGCUCCGUGAAACUCGUGAUCAACUCAAUGAAUUGAAGGCGAACUCAAACGAUCGAACUAACACUCUGGGAUCUCUGGUUAGCACUCUAAAUGAAAGAUUGGAAAGAAAGGAAUCAGAACUUACCGAGUGCAAACGAAGAUACGACCAGGAUUACGAAAGCUGGAAAAGUCAAAACUUUCAACUUGAGCAGGAAUUGGCCAUAUUAAAGGAGGAAUCGUUGUCAGGAAAACGCUCCUCAGACAGACAAACAGCGAGCUUAGAAGGACAGGUGAUACGUUUGGAGGCUGCUCGGGAAAAAGAAAAGAGUGAAAUGCAAACAAAGCUGGACCAGCUAAAAAUGAUCGAGAAUGAGUAUUCCAGACAGGAGGACGCGUAUAAGCAACAAAUAGCUGACUUGGAGGAGGAAAAAGAGCAGCUACAGAACGAACUUCUGUCCAAGGCAGAGGAGAACAGGCAAGUUUCACUGUGCUUGGAGGACGCUAUGAGGGAAACAAAUGAGCUCAAAAGCCAGAUUGCUAAAUUUGAGGAGACACUAAAGGAGAAAAAUAAUCUGUUAACUUGUUUUAAAGAGAGUAAGCUUGAUUCACCUUCUCAUGUUGUGAGUAACCUCGGUCCUGAAGCACUCGAGAACCUCAAGGAAGAGCUGAAUAACACAAAGGAUCGUUACCAGAAUGCAGAAGAAGUUUUAAAACAGAGAGAAAAGACUAUAUCUGAGCUACGAAAAGCUGUUGCUGAGAAGGAGGAGUUACUAAAUCGUUCAACCACAAAGAUAAGGCAAUAUGAAGAAAAUAACAGAUAUAUAGGAAAUGACAGAAUUUAUAGUCCGGAGAGCAGAGAUUCACACAAGUUAAUCACAAAUUUAAGAGAAAGAGUUAAGGAACUGGAAGAGCAGCUUCAAGAAAGAGAGAUGCUUCUUUUGGAUGAAAACGAGUUACGUGACCUCAGAAAAGAUAACAAUCGACUUGAAAAAGACCUGGAGGACAAGGACAAGAAAAUAAAACUUCUACAAGCUAAAAAUAUAGAAUUAAAGAAAGCAUUCCAACGGGAGCUGAAAAUGGCUGCUCCGGGGGGCGAACCUGUGCAGAGAAGUCCUGGAACUCCGAAUGGUGACGUCAUUGUACACAGCGAUGAAGAAAAAGAAAGACAAGACUAUCUCGAAGUUAAUUUUAAAUAUUUAAAACACGUAGUUUUAAAAUACAUGUGUAGUACAAACAAGCAGUCUCGUCAGCUAAUCAACGUGAUUGGUCAUUUAUUAAGAUUUACCCCGAAAGAGCACGCAUGCGUCAGGGAAGCUAUGGAAUGGAAGUUGCCAUUAGAUUAGGGUUUUUAGAAAUGUUCGUUUUAGAUUGCAGUUGUAAUAAGGACGUAAAAAAAAAAAAAAUUCAGGGUUUAUCCUCUAUUUCACACGAUACGUGGUGGCUGUGAAAUUCUGUCUCAUUGACCGAUGCACCAUUGAUUUUCAUCUUAAAUACUUCAGUUCAUCCUUUUUUUUCCUAACCCACGACCGUCUCAAUUUUCUUGUAAAAUGCAAAGAUAUAUUAUAAACGCAGCAGAAUUAAUAUUCAAAAGGAUAAGGGAAUUAUGAAAAACUGAGCAUAAAAAUGUGACAUUAAUAAACAAUUUUUCCCUGAAAAGUCAGGAAACGAAA